UUCUGUGUCUCAUCACCACCACUUUCCCCUCUUAUUUCUAUCUUCUCUGUUUUCUCUUUUCCUCUUUCUCUCUGUAAGGGUUUCUUUUCUUUUUGUUCCUUUUUCUUAAAAUACAAUAAUUAUAACAACAACAAAAAAAGUCAUGUCGAAGAAGAGGAAAUCCGAUGCUACGCGCCUGGACGAGGUGAGUCGGAGCAUGUACACUGCCUUCUGCAGCGCCGCUAAUUCUCUUUCUCAGCUUUAUUCCCACUCCAUGAACCACCAGAGCCUCUCUUUCCAGGCUGGCGAACGUUACGCCUUGGAGAAACUUUUUGAGUGGAUUUUGAGGCAGCAAGAAGAAGGAUUGAAAGUGAUGACAACUGAUAUUGUUGCUUAUUUGCAGAAUGAGCUUGAAUAUGGAGCAGAGGAUUUCCCAAUGUCCCCCAGACAGCCAUUUCAGCAGCAGCAGCACCCUCGGCCUGCAACACACCAGAACAACUUAGGUUCUCCUUUUUCUUCUAAUCCAAUUUCAGCAGGCACAAUUGCGCAAGGAGUUCGUUCUGCGGAUUACCAGGCAAAGAACUCCGUAUUUUCAAAUGCACUCUCCAGCCCUGUUCGUCAGAGCCUUCAGCACUACCACUCAGUCCCGGGUGCAAAUAACAUCAGCUCCUCUACCAAUGAACCUCGAAAUAAUGAAACAUACCACACUAACCUACAAAACAGAGAAACUGAUUCCCCAAGCACUAACGAUUGCAUGGACAUGCAUGCUGAUGAUAGUCCACACCAAGAUUUUCCUUUCUGAAAUUUCUAUGGUCAUUCAUUUGCUGCUUUCUUCUUUUUUUCUUGUAAAAUAUCUUGAAAGGCUAGGAAUCUGAAAAGUAUCUUGAAAUGUAUUGCAAGUUCAAUGUUAAUGUGCUAUUGUCAUAUAA